UCGAUAUCUUGAUUUUCUGUGUAACCUCGAAACAAACAGAAGCGUCAUCAGGUAACAAUAGGGUACGUCAACACUAAUAUAGAAGAAUCGACACAGAAACACAUUUAUCGUUAGCAAGUUUCCCCAUUAUAACGAAGGAUAUUGGAAGGAAGAAUAGUUUCCAAGUACCUAAAGAAGACUUAAUAUACAGAAAAGAGAUUAAUAGGUUUUUUCAUUUGCAUUAUCAUACCUAUUUUUUCUAGUUUCUCUUUUUCUCACAUUUUGGCAUCAAACUAUCCGUUUGGAGAAUUGUUCAAAGAAUUAUUUACCCCCAAAAAAACAUUUAGAUCAUCUAGGAGCAAUUAUUUCCCUUGUUGCUCAAGAAUAGGCAUUUACCGUUUCGCAGAACCCCAUUCAUGAAGUAAGUAGUUCGUAAAGCUCAUUGCUUGAUUGAACAGAAGAUAACUUUUGGGUGUACCUGCGUUUGAUUUUGUCUUUUAAUUUCCCAUAUUACUUUAUCAGGUCUGUAAGACGUAAAAGCAUAAUUUCAGUUUUUGUUUUUCCUGUUGUCGUUCUCUUUUUUUCUUUUUUUUUUUUUGGAGAGUUCCUCCUAUUUUUAAGUCACUAGCUUUUUUUAUUGGUUUCCAGUUGCUCUACCAUAUCAUUUACUUUUCUAAUUUACCCAAAUGCCUCCAAAAUUCUCUUCUCAGUACGUUGACACCGAUGAUAGACUCAAUGAGAACGAGCGUGAUCGGGAUAGUGACCCUUUUGUGAAUGCCAAGAGCUAUUACUCAAAAGACACAGAUUUCUCGACUCGUCUUGGUUCGGCACGUGGACGUACGCUUUCUACUUCCGCCGAGUCCGGGUCCUCUAUCGCUCCUGAACUUAAGAAUAUUCGCCGCCGUGGUAGUUUGGAUGAGCAUAAAGAACCUCGAAAAUUUUUGGUUGACGUUGAAAAAACUCUGCAUUCGUUGUUGGAAUCCGAGGAUACCGAUCGCAAUAUGCAGAUUACCAUAGAAGAUACUGGUCCGAAAGUUGUUUCUUUAGGUAGUGCUAGUUCCGGUGGCUAUCGCCUUUACGAGUUACGUGGUACAUACCAGUUAUCCAACUUACUCCAGGAAUUGACUCUUGCGAAGGACUAUGGUCGCCGCUAUGUUAUGAUUGAUGAGCGCAGAUUGAACGAGAAUCCCGUGAGCCGUCUUUCUCGACUUAUUAAAGGAACCUUUUGGGAUGCCCUUACUCGUAGAAUCGACGCUAGUACUCUGGAUGUCAUCUGUCGGGACACCAAGGAUCGUUCUGGCCAUACCGUAAACCGUAUCUAUGUUCCCCAGGCCGAGAAAGAACAGUAUGAAUACUAUUGCCGUGCUGCUAAAGAUCGUCCUUACUUGAACUUGCAGGUAGAAGUCUUGCCUGAAACGGUUACUAAGGAGUGGGUCCGGGAUGUUAACCAAAAGCCCGGAUUACUUGCUCUUGCUAUGGAAAAGUACAAUGAUGAUGAAGGAGAAACACAUCUCCGCGGUGUUCCCUUUGUCGUUCCUGGAGGCCGUUUUAAUGAGAUGUAUGGUUGGGAUUCUUAUUUUGAAGCGCUUGGUCUGCUCGUUGACGGUCGUGUCGAUUUGGCUAAAGGCAUGGUUGAAAACUUUAUUUUCGAGAUUAAAUACUAUGGCAAGAUUUUAAAUGCUAAUCGGACUUACUACUUGCUACGUUCUCAGCCUCCUUUACUUACAGAUAUGGCUCUUCGGGUAUAUGAGCAUAUCAAAAACGAAGAAGGUGCUAAAGACUUUUUAUACCGAGCUUUUUGUGCAGCUAUGAAGGAAUACUAUACAGUUUGGAUGUGCGCUCCUCGUCAUGAUACAAAAACUGGUCUUUCUAGAUACCGUCCUGAUGGUCUUGGAAUUCCUCCAGAAACUGAAGCAAGUCAUUUUGAACAGCUCUUGGGACCCUACAUGGAGAAAUACAAUAUGACUCUUGAAGAAUUUACCGAAGCUUACAACUAUCAGAAAGUCGAGGAACCUUUACUAGAUGAUUACUUCUUACACGAUCGUGCCGUACGUGAAAGUGGUCACGACACAACUUAUCGUCUUGAAAAAGUAUGUGCUGAUUUGGCCACCGUAGACUUGAAUGCUCUUUUGUAUAAGUAUGAAACGGAUAUCGCCCGAGUUGUUUUAGAAAUUUUCAAUGACAAAUUUGUGCUGCCAGAUGGCAAUGUUGAAUCUUCCGCUAUUUGGGACCGUCGCGCAAGAUCUCGUCGUGCUGCUAUGGAAAAGUACAACUGGUCAGAAGCCGAGUCUAUGUGGUUCGAUUAUGACACAAAAUUCGAAAAGCGAAGUACAUACGAAAGUGCAACUUCGUUCUGGGCUCUUUGGGCCGGUGUAGCUACUCCACGUCAAGCGGCUAAAUUCAUUGAAGUCAGCUUACCGAAGUUUGAAGUAGCUGGCGGUAUUGUGGCUGGUACAAAAGAAAGUCUUGGUCAAGUAGGUCUUCACAAUCCUAGUCGUCAAUGGGAUUAUCCAAAUGGCUGGAGUCCUCAACAAAUUCUAGCCUGGUAUGGUCUCCUCCGUUAUGGUUACGAAGAUGAACUCCGUAGAUUGGUAUAUCGUUGGUUGUAUACUAUCACGAAGUCUUUCGUCGAUUUUAACGGAGUUGUGGUUGAAAAGUACGACUUGACUAGAGCUGUUGAUCCUCACCGUGUUGAAGCAGAAUACGGCAAUCAAGGUCUUGAUAUUCAAGGUGUUGCGAGAGAAGGAUUUGGAUGGGUUAAUGCUAGUUACGAAAUUGGUCUGACCUUUUGCAAUUCUCACAUGCGGAGAGCUUUAGGUGCAUGCACUGAACCUGCCAUUUUCUUUAACGAAAAAAAGAAUUAAGAGACUAUUAGAAGUUGUUACGUCAGUUGGAUAAAGUAGCAGUUUUUAGAGCAAUCUUUUCAGACGAAAUAUCGCCGUAGGAGCUCUAUAUUAAAAAUGCACUUUUUUAUUCCUUUUGCUAUUAUUUUAAUGAUGCUGUUUUACGAGAUCGAUGCAUAGCGAUCAAAAAAUGAAUUAUGAUCUUUUUAAUAAAACUUAUUGUUUCAUUUUUUUCCCCUUUUUCUUACUUACUCCCUAAUUGAAACAAAAUAAAUCCUCAUAGAAAGUGUUUUCGUCCUUAAGUAGAUUUUCUUUACAAUUCUUUUUUAUAUUUAUUU